ACGUUAGCUAAUCUAGUUAUCCCAUGCAUAGACAAUAUACACUAAACUGUGCCUUUUAUUUUAGUAGUAUCAUCAUAAAUGCGUAGUUUCUAUUUAUAUACCGCCUUCAGUAAUGGAAAAGAGGAUUAUGAUCUAUACAUUAUUCAACUGUGAGUUUAUGAGUUGGCCGUUGGUGUAUGUUUGAUUUUUUUGUCAGAGGUAAGCGAAGUGGGACAUGGUUGGGGUUCUGACCAAUCAUGGUGCUUCCGAGAAAAACCCCGCCUUUCGCAGUAGCAUAAAUGUAUUUCUCGAACACACUUCCGGACUCUGACCAGACACAAAGGGACGCUUAAGGUCGCAUGCGUCCCUUCAAAUAAUAAACAAGCAUCUAUUGUAAACCAUCGACAUUUGCGCUUAAGAAAUAACUUCCUGUAUGUUUCGCGUUUACUUCUACCUUCCAAUGGUAUCACAUUUUAACAGUAUCCGCAGCGUCGCUACUUUCAUGUCCGGCAGUUCGAGCUCCACCUUAACAAACCGAUGUCAGCUUUCAUGCAGUUUUUUUGCAUUGACGUCAACCGCAUACAGCACAAAACAGAGGCUUUCUUCAUAUUUCGUAUGCUUGAGUCAGAAUAUGGAGAGAUAGCCAGACACUGGUACCAAUUUUAAACCAAUCUGACUGCGACAGCUGCAGAUUUAUCUGCCAUCACUUCGAGGAAGACACUGUGUCCAAGGAUAACCGCAACACAACCACCGUUUUCUGGGGAUUUCAGUUGCCCAGAGUGCGGCCCAGGCAAGAGCCCGCGACCGCCACAUCAGGCACCAUGAUGGAGGGGGGCAUGCAGUUGCUCAACCGCGAUGGCCACAGCAUCUCGCACAACUCAAAGCGCCACUAUCACGACUCCUUCGUGUCCAUGAACAGGAUGCGACAGCGCGGCCUGCUAUGUGACAUUGUGCUCCAUGUCUCCAACAAAGAAAUCAAGGCGCACAAAGUGGUGCUGGCAUCCUGCAGCCCCUACUUCCACGCUAUGUUUACCAAUGAGAUGUCAGAAAGUCGGCAGACCCAUGUGACCCUUCAUGACAUCGACCCUCAGGCUUUGGAGCAGCUAGUCCAGUAUGCCUACACAGCAGAGAUCGUGGUUGGGGAAGGCAAUGUGCAGACGUUGCUCCCAGCAGCGAGCCUGCUGCAGCUCAAUGGGGUGCGGGACGCCUGCUGUAAGUUCCUCCUCAGCCAGCUGGACCCCUCCAACUGCCUGGGCAUCCGAGGCUUCGCUGACACGCACUCCUGCAGCGACCUGCUCAAGUCAGCACACAAGUAUGUCCUGCAGCACUUUGUGGAGGUUUCCAAGACAGAAGAGUUCAUGCUGCUGCCACUUAAACAGGUCCUGGAUUUGAUCUCCAGUGACAAUCUCAACGUGCCAUCUGAGGAGGAAGUGUACCGUGCUGUUUUGAGCUGGGUGAAACAUGAUAUAGAUGGACGCAGGCAGCAUGUACCUUGGCUGAUGAAGUGUGUACGGCUGCCAUUGUUGAGGCGCGACUUUCUGAUGAGCAAUGUGGAUACGGAGCUGCUGGUGCGUCAUCACUCGGAGUGCAAAGACCUGCUGAUCGAGGCCCUGAAGUACCACCUGAUGCCUGAGCAGAGGGGAGUCCUCAGCAACAGCCGAACGCGCCCGCGACGCUGUGAGGGUGCCAGCCCUGUGCUCUUCGCCGUUGGUCAGUGUGCCCCUGAAGGUGGUGGCAGCCUGUUUGCCAUCCAUGGAGACUGCGAGGCGUACGACACCAGGACAGACCGCUGGCAUAUGGUGGCAUCCAUGUCUACUCGGCGGGCACGGGUGGGCGUGGCAGCCAUUGGCAACAGACUCUAUGCUGUUGGAGGGUAUGAUGGCACCUCAGACCUUGCAACCGUGGAGUCCUAUGACCCCAUCACUAACUCCUGGCAACCCGAGGUUUCCAUGGGAACACGGCGGAGCUGUUUGGGUGUAGCUGUCCUGCAUGGCCUGCUGUACGCUGCUGGAGGUUAUGAUGGAGCCUCCUGUCUCAACAGUGCAGAGCGUUAUGACCCUCUGACCAGUACGUGGACCUCAAUCGCUGCCAUGAGCACCCGCAGAAGAUAUGUCAGAGUCGCAACUUUGGAUGGCAGCUUGUAUGCAGUGGGAGGUUAUGACAGCUCCUCACAUCUCGCAACAGUGGAGAAAUAUGACCCGCAGAGCAACACAUGGACAGCCAUCGCCAACAUGCUGAGUCGGCGCAGCAGUGCCGGGGUGGCCGUGCUGGACGGCAUGCUGUAUGUCGCUGGAGGCAAUGAUGGCACCAGCUGCCUGAACUCGGUGGAGCGGUUCAAUCCCAAAACCAACACCUGGGAGGGAGUGGCCCCCAUGAACAUCCGCAGGAGCACCCAUGACCUGGUCUCUAUGGACGGCUGGUUAUACGCAGUGGGAGGCAACGAUGGCAGCUCCAGUCUCAACUCCAUCGAGAAGUACAACCCACGCAGCAACAAAUGGGUGGCAGCGUCCUGCAUGUUCACGCGGCGCAGCAGUGUGGGAGUGGCCGUGUUGGAGUUGUUGAACUUCCCGCCGCCUUCCUCGCCCACCCUCUCAGUUUCCUCCACCAGCCUUUGACACGGGGUCACCGCUUGGCUGAGCUCAGCCUCUGCUGCUACAGCCCAGACUGGCUCUGGGAAGAGACGCAACUGCUCGGUUUGAGACGGGGAAGAGGAAGAUGACAGGAGUGGACAGGUAAAUGGAGGGAAGGGGGACAAGAGGAAGAGGAAUGGUGUGAAUGAGGCUCCUGGUUUGGUUAUUAUACAGUACCUUCAAGAAUUAGUGGCACUCUUGGUAAAGAUUUGCCAAGCAUGGUUAAAAUAAAUAAGAGUAUUUAGGGAACACCAGAUGAUUGCUGAAAGAUCCACCAAGAUUUUUUUUUUAUUAUUUUAUUUUAUGGUCAAACCAAUCUGGCUGCUCUUUACCAAGUUUGCCAAUAAUUUGGAACUAUAUUAACCAGAUGCCUGGAACUGUACAGCUCCACCAUACACAUACCAGCUCCCACUCUAUUCAAGAAUAUUUCUGGAUAAAGAUGUGUGAACAGUGACCGGUCUUUCCUCAAGCCCCACAUUUUUCCCCACCACUCCAGUGUUUGACACACUCAUCGUGAAAUGUGGUGGACACUUAAUUCUGUCAUGUGUGAUGUAAAUGUAUUUUGUUUGAUGUUGCUGUCUUCUGCAGGAUUUUUAUUUUAAUGUGAGGAUUUUUUUUUUUUUUUGCAAUAAUGUAUAAAAAAGAGAAACUGAAUGAUUUUACUUUUGGAAUGUAGUGUUUGACUGGUUAUACCAUGCAUGUUUACGUCCUGGCAUUACCUCCCAACAGGAGGAUAAAAUGUUGUAGUGCUGUUAUGUCACACUAGGUGGCAGUAACAGGCAACGUUAUAAACCCUUCCCACGCUGCGAGAGAGCAUGGAUACAAAUGACAGAAAAGCGAGGCCCUCAGAUCUGUAAAUGAGUUUGGAUCCUUUUUUUAUACAGAGAAUAAUUAUGUUCAACCAUAUGUAUUUAUAAAAAUGUAUAAAUUCCUAUAUAUUCUGUUUUGAAGAUGCUAACAGAACGAAACAGAUCAGACCUAUGACCAUUUAAGAGUGUUUUUAAUAUAUUUAUUCAGGUGUAUGAUGUGCAUAUCGUCAGUGGAAAUGACAAAGAGAAUGUCUAAGUGUGAGAGAGGUAGUUUGUUCAGAUUGUGUGCAUUUGGAGCUUUUCCUGAGAGGACUGAUUGUUGCAUUUUGAUAUGCGGCAUUUCAUUUGCAUUUCUAAAUGUUUCUUCACUGCCACAAGCAUGAUCUCACAUGACGCUGUACCUUCUGUCUGCUACAUUUGUGCAAAAAGCUUCGGUUGCUUGCAAACCUAAUGACCAGUCAAUGAAUGGACUCUGUAUUUUCUUUAAUCCUACUUCCCAAUUAUUUUUAAAAAGACAUAGAGGUGGAUAUAAUCCUCAGACAUGUGACAGCUUAAAAUGACAUUAACGCAGCAAGUACUAGUUUACCUUCAGUAUACCAACACUUGACACUAAUGAGUGAUGUUGUUGACACUUGGUGCUGUCAUAUUCCCUUCUACACUCCAUCAAGUGUGGUGUCUUGUUAUAUUACCUCAUUGUUGAAAUGGAUCCAACUCUGUUGCAACAAACUUUAAACUGAAACAACUGUAUAAUUAACCACAAAUAUACUGGCUAUAUAACCUGUGGCAGGUGAUUUGGUAAUGUCACAACUGAACUUGCAUUGUCUAAAAGAAAUGCAUCACACUGAGUCUUUUUGGCUCAGUUAAGAGUAAAUACCUGGGUUCAGUUCAUGUGUAGCGCAGUGAUGCCAUUCCAGACUUCUGAGAAGUUGCCUUUUUUUUUCCUUAUUUUGAAGGAUUUAGUUGAUCCGGCUUUGUUUAUCUGUUUAUCUAAAACUACCUUACUUUUCGUUAGAGUGGACCCAGUAGAAUAGGGGCUGUGAUGGUCUUAUGGAGAUGCUGAUCGUGUGAAGCUGAUGUAAGUCAGGAAUAGACUCAGAGAGAAACGUGCACGAAACCAUGUAAGACUUUGGCCUCCAUUCUGCUGUUUGAACUGUAAAUAGAAAGAUUGCUAAAGUUAUCUUAAAUCCAUUUGUGCAAUUUCAAUGUGACUGUAACCUUUUUUUAGUUUGUGUUUAAUGUGGUGACAAUUGUUUAUUUAUGUUUGUUAUUUAUGAGGAACUUGAAAAUAUAAAAAUUUUGCACUAUUGUGAAAUGGAGCAAUACUACACACUGUUUAAAAAAAAAAAAAAAGAUAAAUAAAGUUGUUUUCAGAUGUGAUAA